AUGAAGAAAAGAUUUAAUGUCGACCUGGACGACCCGGCGUUCACGAAGGAAAGAACCCCGCCGAAGCCACAUUUCAAGUCGUCUUCCAUCAGAGACGAAAGCAGCAGCGGAGCUUCAGUUUCCACAGAGCAGCCCCUGUCCUACGCAGAGUACAUUGUGCAGAGUAAGAAAAGCAGUGCGGGCGGCCCACACCCGCCCAGGCCUGAACAAUCCUCUUCCAAAUCUUCAACCUCGUGUGAAGAAAAAGGCAGUGCCACCCUUCAGGACUGCACCAAGCACAACGAGCAGGACCCAGGCCCCGAGUCCAGCGCAGGCAAAAUUAUGGGCCCCAAACCUCCUGGCUCUGGCAGCAGUAUUAUCGUCAGCCCGCGACAGAGAGGAAACCCCAUUCUGAAGCAUGUGAGGAGCGUCCCAUGGGAGUUUGGGGAAGUGGUCCCAGACUACGUCCUGGGCCAGACCACCUGCGCCCUCUUCCUCAGUCUGCGGUACCACAACCUGAACCCGGACUACAUCCAUGAGCGUCUCAAAGUACUGGGCUCUGCGUUCGUCCUGCGAGUGCUCCUCCUCCUGGUGGACGUGAAAGACCCGCACCAUGCCCUGAAAGAGUUGGCCCGCAUCUGCAUCAUGGCCGACUGCACCCUGAUCCUGUCCUGGAGUCCAGAAGAAGCCGGACGGUACUUGGAGACGUACAAGUCGUAUGAGAACAAACCCGCGGACCUCCUCAAGGAGCAGGUGGACAAGAACUAUCUGUCCCAGGUAACAGACUGCAUGACCACAGUCAAGUCCAUCAAUAAGACCGACACCAUGACGCUGCUGUCCACCUUCUCUACUGUGGAAGGAAUCAUCGACGCCUCAAAGGAGAAGUUGUUGCUCUGUCCUGGGUUUGGUCCUCAGAAGGCACGGCGACUGCAUGACACACUACACAAGCCGUUCCUCAAAUCCAAGAACAAAGACUCAAAAACUGCUGGGAUCUGA